AUGGUGCGGCGGGCGGGCAGGGCAGGGGCUGCGGCCGGGGGCGGCCGGGCGGAGGGACGGAGGGAGCGGCGGCCGAGGCGGCGGCGGCGCUGGCUCUUGUCACCCGGGGGGAGGCACAGGCAAGGGAAAAACCACUCGAGCCCGCCCGGGGGCUGCGGCCGGCGGGGCCGGGCGGGAGGCGCUCUCCCGGGCGAAGUUGCCCCCUCCUGGCCGCCGCUCAGCUCGCCCCCCGACCCCAGCUCAUCCCCGGCUGCCGGGCGAGACGCCGCCGGAGCCGAACUUUCCUUUGGGGAGCGAGUUGGGGGCGGGGAGGGCGGGCCGGGGCUGCCGGCGCCCUGGGCGCUCGCCGCGGGCCAGCCUGGGUGCAGCUCCCGACGCGGCGGCGGCGGCGGCGAGCGCGGCCCCGGGGACGCGGCGGGCGGGCCGAGGGCGGCGGCGGCGGCGGCGGCAGGGUGCGAGCCGGGUCGGGGCGCUGACCGCCCCCGCGGGAGGAGGGGCGCCGGGAGGAGGCGGCGCCGCCGGGACCCCGGGGCCACCUGCUGGCGGAGCGCGGCCGCCGCCAUCCCCCGGGGCCCGGGCCGCCGCCACCCACCGGCCUGGCCGCGCGGCUCCCGGAGGAGGAGCCGGAGGCCGCGGCGCAGCGCCCUCGGCCCGGCCGGCCCGCCCGCCCCCGGGGACCGCCGUCCCUGCCAGGCGCUGGGGUCCCGACGCAGGUGCCUCGGGGGCCGGCGAGUCGGGGUGCGGCUGCCCGGGGGGGGCCUGGCUCCCGCCUCCGAGCUCGCUUGCAUCUUCCCGGGGCCGAUCUUGUUCUCAACGGCCCUGGGUGUCGGCGACCCUCCUGGCCAGCCCAUUCCUGUCGCGUGAGAUUCAGGGUAUCGGAGGACAGACACUGGUUUCAGGCAAAUAAAAAAUAUUUCUAG